AUGUCCACGGUUGAUUACUCCGAUGAUUUUGAGAAUAACAACCCCUUUGCAGAACCAGCGGCCGGCGAAUCAAUACAAGCGAUUGAACAUGAGCAACAAGAGCAGCUAAUCCCAACCAUUUCUUCGCAAUCCGAUCAGGGCAGUGUCACUGCCGUGCACAACGAAGAUAUUUCGGAAUCCCCCUUGAGCCAGGAAGAGUUGAGGAAGUUGUUACCCGAGCGGUUUGUCAACAAAUACAGUCUACGCUUCAAAUUAGUAGACAUUGAAAGAAACAAGCCCGAGAAUCCCAUUCUACGGUUGGAGGCAACGGUGAAAGGUCUUCCCAAAUACAGGCAACAGGAGUAUAAGGAACUACGCCGCACUUACAACGAGGUGCUGAAAUUCAACAAAUACCUUUCAGUAUCAAACUUGGAGUCAUUUGUGCCCGUGAUUCCAAGUUCGAAAACGUCGUAUCCAACGGGCGGAGAAGAUGAAAAAAAACAAUUGAUGAAAGUGUGGCAGGAGUGGUUUGACAGGGUGACUAGCAACCCGAUUUUGGUAAGGGAUGACGAGUUUCACUACUUUAUUGAAAACGACUUUGGAUACAGCGUGAUCAAUAGCAACCGCAAGUCUUCUGUUGCCAGUGGGAUCAUGCGAAAGACAUUGAAGCAGUUUUCAAUUCCUCCUGAUCCAUUCGAAGAGUUGGCUUAUUUCAGACCUUUGGUCAAGAAUGCUUACCUUGUUUGCCAAAAACUACACAAGAUUAUCGAGCGGUGCUCAAGGAGCAAGAAACAGAUAUCGAUACAUGUUUAUGACAUGUCGAAUAAAUUGAACGUGCUAUCGGAGUUUGAAAACACUCACCCGGGGAUGAAAAACAUGUGGGAGAAGUUGGGCAAAGCGGUCCAGAUCCGGUCAGAUUUGCUCUUGGUGGAUUCCGUCAACGAUAUGGCGAUCUUGGGCGAUGGCAUCCAAAUACUAGUUGAGGAGUUUUACGAAGUCAAAGAAGCCUUGACCAACCGGUACUUGAUUAUGCGAGAACUCGCCCAGGCAGAAAUGCAAACCACAGCUAAACACAUCCAGGCUAACAAGAUCAAAAACAAAGUGUCCUUGGACCCAAUAAAAGUCGACGAAGCCUUGCGGUCUUUGGAAUACGCCAGCAAAGUUCAAAGCUCCCUCAAUUUGCAAGUCAAGAGAAUCUCUGGGGAGAUGAUGUACGAGAAGGAUGAAUUUAUCACAUUUGUCGAUAACAAGGUGAAAAGUCUUGUCCGAUCACUCACCCUCCACAAGAUAGAACACCACCGGAAAAUCUUAAAGACUUUUGAAAAGAUUAGAGUAGACGUUCGAAGCGUUGAUGCCAAAGGUGGUCUUUCGCGACUCAAUCGCGACAAUUUGUCCAACCUCAAGCACAAUUUGCUGCAGUCUCAAUCCUCCGCCGGUGAUACGUGGUCCUCAAGAAGCUUCCGAUCAUUGGAAAAGGAAGAGGAAGUGAAGAAAAAGAAACUGGGGAGAGACCCUCACGAGGGUUUAGAGGUGACUGCGGUGGAUCCAAAGAAAGCCGCGACGAUGCUAGGUGUGGCAACAUUCUAG